CCAGCAGAUGUCACUCAAGGGCGCAGUAAACACCGAGCAUGUGACACUGUGAGAGCCUGUAAGAUCCGCGGAGUGUGGUUCUGUUUUUUCUAAUAAUCCAUGACCAGCCUCUCCUGCCCGAACCUCGUCAUCAACACACACAAACAACGCUGGACGAGUGAGAAUGGCGAGCAGACGGGCCUCGGUGUCCUCGGCGGAUCUGGAGGCCUGGUUCCCGGCGCCCGGCGACGGGGAGGAUGCGCCGGAGCUGCGGCGGCUGCGGGAGCGUCUGCGCGGCUGGAUGUCGCAGUGUGAGCCCGCGGUGCUCUGCGCGCAGCGGCUGCUGGUGUGUGAGAGGCCGCUUCACAGCAUCAUCGCCGCGCUGGCGCUCAACACGCUCUUCUGGUUCCUGUCUUCCACGUCUUUGAGACCCUUGUUCCUCCUGAGCGUGUCUCUCAUUGGACUGACUUUACUGGAGAGAUGGAAAGACAAGCUGCCACAGAUCACUGUGUGGCCUCCUGAGGCGCCAGUCAUCGAGCGAGAAGCGCUGACUGAUCAGCCACGUCUGUUAAGCGUGGAGGAGCUCAGUCAUCAUCUCGCCGAGAGUUACCUCACCUUCAGCCUUUACAUCCAAGAAAUGCUUCAGUACAAACGCCAAAACCACGGCAAGUUCUGCAUCAUGAUGUGUUCAGGAUGUUUCAUCCUGGCCGUGGUUGGACAUUACAUUCCCGGGAUAAUGAUCUCCUACAUCAUAUUGCUGAGUGUGCUGCUCUGGCCGCUGGUGGUUUACCAUGAGCUGAUCCAGAAGAUGUACACCGGACUGGAGCCCAUACUGAUGAAACUGGACUACAGCAUGAAGGGAGACACACAGCACCGCAAACACGACAAGAGAAAGCUGAAGAAGGAGCAGGAAGAGAGUGAUGAGCCGAGGGCAGAGACCGAGAGCGAGAGCGAGGAGGAGCUGUCAUGUUUCGCCCCGACUGUGGAUGUGAAGACUACGGCUCUGGCGAUGGCCAUCACAGACUCGGAGCUGUCCGACGAGGAGGCAUCUAUUCUGGAGAGUGGAGGAUUCUCUGUGUCCAGAGCCACCACACCACAGCUCACAGACGUCUCUGAAGCAGACCUGGAUCAGCAGAGCGUGCACAGUGAACCAGAGGAGGCGUUCUCUAGAGACCUAGCAGAGUUCCCGUCGGUGGACGAGCUGCCUUCUAUUGAACCGGGUCUGUUCCACUUCCCGCUGGGCGUUCUCGGGUCUGAGCAGACAGGAGCGUCCCGAUCCGAGCUCCAGGAGGAGAUGCUGUCUCCGGCCAGCCGCCUCAUCCAGCACUUAGCAUCUCCGCUUCACUUUGUCAACACGCACUUUAAUGGACACGGACAAGCGAAGGGGGCAGACCAAAGCAUUGUGGGUACUGCAAAAGAGGGAGGGGGAUCGGCCGCGGGGGUUUCGAGACCCGCUCGGUCCCUGGAAACCCUCAGCGAGGAGAUCGUGAGCACGGCCAUCUCUACCGUAGUACAGAACACUCUCUCAGCCCUGUUGCAGUCUACCGAGGCCAGUGAGGGCUCGUCAAUGGCUUCGUUUCUUCCCGCCGAAACGCCUUCUUGCCCGAUGGAAUCGCCCCUCGAGUCGCCUUCCACCCAGGAAGCCAGCGCAGAAGAAGAGGACGCUGACGUCACCGAAGCAAGCACCGAAGAGCAACCGGAUGUCACUCUCGUACCCGUAGAGGAAGAGGACUUUGAGCUUCUGGACCAAAGCGAACUUGAACAAAUGGAUGAGGGGUUGACCCUUGAUGUCGCUGAUGGACAGGACGUGGGCGGGGCUUCUACAGACACGCCCGCGAGCAGUCAGCAGCAUGCAGACCAGCAGGAUUCCUAGCUUCAUGUCAUCUAAACUGUUUAUUUUAUUUAUAACCCUUGUAGAUACAAUAUUACUGACAAACGAUUUGUGAGAAAAGGGAAUGUUGUGGUCAGCUAUGCCUUUAUUUAAUUGUUUUCGGGAGUGAGAUCACUGUGAUUGCUGGUGGGAUAUUGUUUCCUGAGCAAGUGAAUGUCCAACGCAAAUCCUAAAAGCGACGGUAAUGAGUUAAUUUGGUUUUUUUGACAGAUCCAGAUGGCAUUAAGCCUCAAAUACAGCCACUCCAAUUUCAAAAGAAGUUUAAGAUAGACUUAGUUUUAAUCAUUUUCUGUAUGUAUAUUUUGACAAAGACCACAUUGCCUGCGACACAAGAGCCCUCUGGUUUAUCAGUCCCACGCUGACCGUUAUCAUAAGGUUUAAUGUCUCGGCUCAUCAGAGUUCUAUUUGUUUGUAGGGCUGGGAAGUUUUAUGGAAAGAGAGGGUGAGCAGGAUAUGACUGCAAAUUCGCAAUGAAAAGUUGGUUAUGUUAAAGAUUUCUUUUCAUAAUCAUAGCUUAACUAA